CCCGCGUUCCAACUGCCGACCCCGCCAUUAUCAGGAGGAAUAACAGCCUUGGGCUUGGUUCACCCCCAUCCUCGCCGUGUCCACGGUAUAUACAUAUACAUAUAUGUAUCAUCGCCCAAUUGUCGACUUUGACACCUCAACCACUCGCACGCCCUGCCUCUUUUUCAGAAAGACAACUUGCCGGUCGAGCCCCUCGACAGUUUUGACGAAACACAAAGGCUCUCAGAGAUAAAGAAGGUAUACAAUACAAAAAAAGAAAGAAGAAGAAAAGCCAGAAACAUGGCAACCACAUCCGCCCAGCCCUCCUCCCAACCUCCACCACCGUCCUCAUCAGGAGACCCCUUCGACACCCUCCUCACCCUCGAAGACCAAUUCUACACCGAGGGGUACAACCAGGGCAUGGCCGACGGGCUGGUCGCCGGGCGCACCGAGGGCCGGCAGCUCGGGCUGGAGCGGGGGUUCCAAAAGUUCGUCGAGGCCGGCCGGAUGCAGGGGCGCGCCAUUGUGUGGGCAAACCGGCUGAGGCUCGGGCGCGGGCACGGGCGCGGGCAGGGGGCCCACCACGGGGCGGUCGGGUCUGCGAACCCGGCCGAGGAGGCAGGAGCAGGAGGGGCCCAGGCCCGGGACGGCGCAGCCGGGGAGGGAGACAGGGGAGGGGUGGGAAGGGGAAGCGGUGGUGGGGGGGACCGAGAGGAGGAGGAAAAGAAGAAUAAUGGGGAGGGGACUGCCCCUCCCCCGGCGGCGGAGCUCUCCCUCCCCCCGUUACCGGACAACCCGCGCCUGCGGAAGCACGUCACGACGCUCUAUGCGCUGGCGGAGACGGAGAGCUUGUCGACCGAGAACACCGACGAGGCGGUGGAUGACUUUGACGACAGGUUACGGAGGGCACAGGGGCGCUUCAAGGUGAUCGAGCGGAUGACGGGAGAGGGGGAUAGCGCGAAGUCCAAGGGGACCGACGGGCACGGGCACGAUCCUGGGUCAAGGGCAGGCAAGGGAGAGGGGACGACGGAUAUCUGAGGGGUGUGCGUAGCGGUCUCCGACGUUAAGUAGGGUCGAUCGAUCGAGCGUUGGGGCUUUGGUUGGACCCUGCUGAAACCCAAAACCACAUAGUGUUUUCUCGGAGGGUUAUCCACGGUUCGAUCCGAACGCAACUACAGCGUGUGUGUGGGUGUGUGUGUCUGUAUCGAGUCUAAGGCACUCUUCUCUUAUAACACGUCUGCGGCGUUAUAUACACACUCUACAACC